GAGCGGCCAUCGUGAAACGGACUUUUCCCCUCUUCUAGGUUGCACCGAACAGAAUUGGUCGUGUUAAUUCUUUGUCGAAAAAAAGAAAAAAAAACAAUUUUCCGUUGCGAUACCAAUUGGAUUUGUCAGGCCUGUUCGUUUUAGCUUGAACUAGCGCUGCGUUGAAACUUCAGUAUCAGCUCUCUGAAGUGGAACUCCCGACCGAAAGACCUCGUGAUUUGGCCGCACCUUCCCCGUGCAAUCACAUCGGUUCUAUUUCCCUCCAACGCUAGAUUAUGCACUUGGUUCGCUCUAAAGGUGAAAGGUGCAAUCUAGCCCGGCUACAAAGAACGAACUUCUUGAUAUUGGCUAUCAAAAAUCGAUCCCCUUACAUGAUCCUCGCUUUGCUCUUUUUUUUUAUAUAGCGGAAUACCUUAUAUAUCGAAUGCAAGAGAUUCUUAUCUCUCGACGAAGUUUCUCGAAACAUCGUCAAUAAGCAGGCGUCAUCUGUCAACCGGUCGAGAAAUAUACUUCAUACUUCCUGCAAGACAUCGGAAAUGGGGUUUUAUUUACUUAUCUUUUAUCUUCCUUCGCUGAAAAAGUACGCAUUGAAAGAGGGCUACCUCGUCACAUCCAUCCACUUUCUCGUGCAACAGCGGCCAUGAAUAUUUUCGAAUACUAACGAUUAUCGAUAUCUGCAUCGGAGGAUUAUCGAUAUGUGCAUCGAAAAGCACCGAUCGAUUACCCGAUAUCGUACCAAUGAUAGAACGUGAAGUUCGAAAGAUGCCACUUGAUUGGCCAUUGGGAAUAAUCAGCCGGAGUGUCGAGUGUAGUGUGUGGGGUGCAGAAUGCAGGACAUAAUAAAAACAUAACCUAGGUGAAAUGGCGUCGUUUUUUGUCAAAUCGUUCACUCACGGUGAAUGACUCCUAUCACCUUGCUCACAAGCUCGACUCCUUUAUUAUCCCAACAAGAUGGAGGAGGUCCUGGAUGAGUCGAUUGUCAAGCCAAAAUAUGUACCACGCGAGGUCCCGGGCUAUUUAAAGGAUUUCCCAGCUGGUGUCGGUUACUUCCAGAUAUUCGCCGCCUUCUGUACAGGCUUGAGUCUGGCCGCAGACACCGUUGAGUUUUUCGUUGUUCCUUACAUAUUGCCAAGCGCAGAGGUCGAACUGUGCAUCGAAGACAGCGAGAAAGGAUGGCUCGGUAACAUUACCCUUGUUGGUCUUGCAUUGGGUGGAUUAUUCUGGGGUGGUCUUGGAGACAGACUGGGGAGACGCAGAUCCCUCUUGUCCGCUAUGUCUGUACAUGCCCUGUUCAGCGGUGUCGCAACAUUCAUGCCUACCUACGGCACUUUUAUGACAGCUAGAUUUUGCUCAGCUAUUGGAGUCGGAGGAGCUGUGCCAUUGGCAUUUGCCUAUCUCGCCGAAUGCUGUCCACGGUUAAGCAGAGGCCGUUGGACGGGAAUACUCGUGACAGCCGGCGCCCUGGGAGGUGUCUAUGCUGCUCUCUUAGCAUGGGCAGUGGUACCUACGACGGGAGAAAUGGUCGUUCUCGAGAACAAGGAACACUUCAGCGCCUGGCAUCGAUUCCUGUUACUGUGUUGUCUGCCGGCGUUGUGCUCCACGAUCGGCCUCAUCUUCCUACCGGAAAGCCCAAGGUAUCUUGUAGAGGCCGGUAGAGAUGUGGAAGCAAUGAUGGUUUACCAGAGGAUAUAUAAAAAAAAUAACGCACGGAAAGGUGCAACAGGUGCUCAAUAUCAGCUCUCUGAACUGGAACUCCCGACUAAAAGACCUCGUGGCUUGGCACCACCUUCCCCGAGCAAUCAUACCAGUGUACUGGCCGACAUAAUAUACUCGAUCGAAAUGUUCUGGAAUUCUUUUCUGGAGUUGUUUGCGACGCCCCACCUACGCGUGACUCUGGUCCUCUUGACUAUUUGGUCCGCCGCUUCGUUCAGCCUGUACGGUCUGAUGAUAUGGUGUCCCGAAUACCUGAAGCUUUUGCGAGCGAUUGAAUACGAGGCACACACGGAACACUUUCAAAAGGUGGAUUUCAAUAGUACAACGUUCAGCGGCUCUUGGGAAAAUCGUCAGUACAAAGACUCCACAUUUUUGAACUGCAAGUUUACUAAGAUGGUAUUCAGCCAUGUCGACUUUGACAACUGUACCUUCCAUUCGGUAGAAUUCAGUAGCAUUAAGUCUAGCAAGACUCACUUUAGAGACAGUGUUAUUAUAUAUUCCAAAUUUGUUGACACGGAUUUAUCUGCGCAAGCUUUCACCAGGUGUAAAUUGGAGAACAACACGGAACUGAGUUUAAGCGGGUCGUGCCCGACCCUCGAUCUGGACUAUAACAUUUAUAUCGAAGAAGCGUUGCAUGCUCACCUCGUUGCUCAACUGGCUUUCGUGCCUGCCGCCGCACUGGCGGGCUUGGCACUUACCGUUCUUCAGCGGCCAAAAUUGAUCGGUUUCUCGCUGUUUUUCUCUUCCGUCGUUGCGCUGUCCCUGGUACUGAUACACAGAAACAGUUCAGCGGUUCUUGGUUUCGAGGGCGGCUUCAUAGCCGUUUUUGCCGUUGGUUGGACAUCGUUAACUCUAGCGACUGUCGAAAGCUUCCCUACACACCUGAGAUGCACCGGUUUCGGACUUAUAGCAGCGGCAAUAAGAAUAUCAGGACUGAUAGGAACCACGAUAUAUCAGGCAUUCGUGACUGCACCGUUAAUCGCGCCCGCACUGUUAACGGCGCUGACGUUAUUGAUCGCCAGCGUUGCGACCCUUAAAUUGCCUCACACUCAUACCGUCUUCUUAUAAAGCUCCUCGUCGACGAAGAAGAAGGAUUGCGACGUUGGUUUGGAGUCAGCAACGUUUUGUUAUUGUGUACGAGGCAACAAACACGGGAGAACUCGUAUCUGCGAAUUUGUAGGUCAGAUUUUCACAGGAAAAUCCCGAAUGCGUAGAGAGAGAGACGGGGAUGAAAGUGAAAAAGUGUGGAGGAGGAGAGAUUUCCUAUAUUCUUAGGAUUUACUCGAAGGAUGAUGAUGAUGAUAAUGAUGUUCAAGACACAUGUCAAUAAUUUACCGAUCAAAAGGAAAAGAAUUUUUUAGAAAACGAGACUUUGUACAAAGUGACAUAUCCUAAGUAAUAUCGAAGAUAAGGCACUGUUGUCUCUGAGGACACUCGCAUAUUCGAAGCGCACAGAACGUUUCUAACGACUUGAGCUUGCUGACACAACAGAGUUCCCGGAGUUGGAUCAAAGUACUCUCGUAUCCUAUCGCUUGUGGAACGUGAGAUGUUCGGUAAGAACAAGCGAGAGAGAUAGGAAGAAGGAGAUUCCAAGAUUAGACGAUGAAGCGUGACCGAAAUGCGUGAUUUCCAUACGCAAGAUAUUCACUCUGAAAUUAUACGAUUACUCCGUUGUUUUAUCUUUGACGAUAUAAACCGUUACAUAAGUAUCGAACAAAGGAUGUGCAAGAUAUGUACACACAAAUACACACUCACUCGAUUACACUCACACACACACGUACACUGCAACUAUUUUAAUAAGGCUAUACGCCGCAAAACGUGUCAAUUUUAAUGGAUAGAGGAUGCACAGUCAUCCGUAAUGAUACGUCGUAUAUAAUAAGAACGUAAAUUAGAACAUUUUCUGGUAUAUUAUCGGCAGUGCAAUUUGAUAUCUCAAUUAUUCGAGAGAUACACGAAGCUCAUAGAAGCCCAUACAUAGCUGUUCUUACUUUCGAUCGAUAGGCUAAACGAUAUCCCGUGCAUAAUGUGGAACAAUUCGAUCGUAUCACUCCGUUACUGUUCGCGGAGGAUACACGUUCGUCCGGAGACGCGAUCACACAUAUAAAACGCCACACAGAGAUCUACACCGCGGAUGUGUGCAGCAAUCGUUUUAUGUUCUCGCGAGGAAGACCCACUGGGAGGAAAGAGAACGCUGAUGCGAAACUCUCUUCACGCGCGGAGAACAUUCCUAUGGACGGGAAGCGAUCAAGCAAUUAUGUAUUCAGUACUUCCGCUUUUUACCGAUUUAUUAGUAUGCAUUAGAUCCAUCACCUAGACGCUAGAUCUUCGCUAUUUCAAGGACAGAGAGAUAGAUAGAGAAAGAUAGAGAGAGAGAAAGAGAGAAGAGAAGGCAUUAUUCACGUAAUAUAAACGCUGCCGUAUGAAACCUCAAUUUUCAUAGAUGAAGACUUUUGGACAGAAAAGGGAUAGAUGAUUCAGCUUUAUAGCGUAAAUCCAAGAGAUUAUCGCCUCUAGUCAACGUUAAUCGUCUCUAAGCUUACGAUACGUUCAAUUUAUGAACAUGCAUUAGACUCCAGUGAUGACACGUAUAUGAAUAACGUGGAAUGUUAUUUUCUACAAAACGAAAAAUCAGAAUCGCACGUCUUCACGUAGCACACACACACAUACACACACACGGACACAAUAUAAUAUCUCUAUAGUCCACUUGGGGAAACUUGGCUAAAGUUUUACUGUCGCUGAUACAACAAGCAACGGAUGAGUGGCAGUGGAGAAAUAAUAUGAACACAAGGAGUUCCUUCAGAGAAUAGAGGGAGGAGGUAACCUAUUUCUAGGCAAUAAGGGCGUAAAUGUGAAGUUAGCGGCGGUGUCCUGGUGUACAGGAGCUCGAGGAUGCGCUUCGUCGAGUCUUCGGGGAAAGAGUUUAUCGGAUAGGGAGAAAUACGCUGCUAUCGACAGACUUAAAUAGUAUAAAUGUUUACGUCCCAUCACGGUUAGUGAGUUUUUUCAUAUCAGAUUGUUGGCGAUCGAUCUAUAUCUAUACAAUAGAGAGAGAGAGAAAGAGAGAUUAUGAGAUUAUGAUAUUCGGGCCGAGGUUUACGGACGUCGUCUGGGAGAGAAGUAGAAACGAAGGAGGAUCGUUCACAAUUGGCCGAUCGGCGCGAACGCCAUUAUUACAUUCCAGCGAUUAUCCUGGGGAUGAUUUUGUGUUGUUUUCCGGCGAGUGAAAAAUGUCAUAAACGUGGUAAACGAUUCGUUUCUGCUUUUAGGGAGAGGAGGAGCUCACACACUUGUCGUAAACCACUUGGUCGGGCGGAGUCGUGUCGGUGCCGCUGUUGCGACUCACCGUUUCUUUUCACGCGAACGUGUCGGGACGUGGUGUCGAUUGGAACUUGAUGACAAAAAGUAAGCAUGUACGUGAAGACUCAUCGUUGGGACCAUGCGAUGCUCUUAUCAACUCCGCUUCUUUUUCGUGCUCAUCGGAAAUCAGUAGAAGACGAAACGAAAGAACGCAGUGAGCGUAAAUGAUUCAAGGUGACGACAUCGGCGCCGACACACUACAUAUCACACAUACACACACAAACCUACAUAAACAUAUGACACACGCGCGCGCAGCCUCACUCGUAAUUAAUUCUACUGUACUACAUUCAGAUUUAUCAUCACCUCCGUAGGUAUAUUACAUUUUACUCGACAUAUCAUAUUUAUGAGUCAGCACUCUAGAUUCGUAGGCCUUAGUCGGACUAUUGACUAAAACACGUAGGGAAAUACGAUAAAGGCGACGAUGGCGUGCGGGAUGGCUCUCUCGGGACUAAAGUAAAGCACUGAUCGAGCAGAGUGAAUCUGUCGUGUCGCACUAUUUCCCGAACUUACGUUUCUUUAGCGAGUUACGUUAGCGCCGAUAGCGUGUAAUGUACAUUAUUGUUUCGCACACAACGCGAUUAUCAACUGACCGAGUACGGGGUGUCGUGGAAGCGACGUCCAUGUGCAUAUGCAGGGGAACGUGAAAUUUAUCAUUUGCCGUUUCCACCGAGAAAUAUAAAUCACAUACAUAUCACGUCAUAUCGUUAUUCAAUAUAGACCGCGGGAACGAACGGUCAGUUGAUAGUCGUUGUGUAGCACAGAGAGAGACUGCUUCUUAUUGUUAAAACUGAAAAUUGUUUAGUUAGUUAAGUUAAGGUCUUCUUUUUUUUCACGUAUAUAUAUAUAUACAU